GGAGGGGGUUGCCAAAGUCAUUCCACAGUGAGCGGCCCAGGCCAAGACAGGAGAACGACAACAGUGACACCGUUAGGCCCAGGCCGAGGUCUGACCUGCCCCAGAUGCCCAUGCAGAGGAUCCAUAUGACCUCUGAGAACCAGGCUCAGGUGAAGGAACUGCUGCGGGAGCUGCAGACACAGGAGUUUGAAGAGUCUGACAGGGAUGUAGGGUCAGAGUUUGAGGAAGAAGAGGAGGAAGAAGAGGAGGAGGAGUAUGACGAGCUGGAUUAUCGCGAAGAAGGCCAGUUCUGGGAAACACGUGAUGACCCUGUUGAGUUUGCUGAGAGCUCAGUGUGUGAGCCAGACUCUGAGGAGGAACGCCAUAGUCCAGAACCCGUGGUGUCUCUGUUUGCUGUGGGAAGGCUAUGCAGGUAUGGGUUUGACAGAGAGCGCAGCAGACAGGCCCUGGAGUCCGGGAAGGGCGAGGUGGGGGCCACGCUGGAGCUCUUGCUGAAGCAGGUGUUUGCGGAGAAGUACGGGCAGGCGGCAGUAGCUCCAGAAGGUCUGCAGGGUAUUCCCAUGGACGAGUGCCUGGCACAGAGGCAGGAGGAGGCCCUGGCCCUGACCGCCAUCUACGGGGAGCGCUUCGCAGAGAGGAUCGCCAACAGCGUGUGGACAGUCUCCCUGGACCUGCAGUUUCUCACCGAUGCACUUAACAGUGGGCCGGACAGGUCCACGCAGAAACAGAGCCAAGUCCAGCGCAAGGAUGUCUGCAAGUUCUACUUGAAGGGGGCGGGGUGUAGAUUUGGCGACAAGUGCCGAUUCAAACACCAGCUUCCCACUGACUCAAAAGCCCCUCCAGAUCCGACAGGCCCGAGUCAGCCGGGCUUCAGCAGCUACUCUCCCCCAGAGUACGACCUGGAGAUCCGCUUCCCUAAGGGCAACCGCUACCCCUUCCAGGCGCCCCUCGUGGCCUUCAGCACCAACGACGAGAAGCUGGGGGUGGCGGGCCGUCUGCACGUGACGGAGCACCUCUUCCGCGAGGCCCUGGCUGCAGCCAAAUCCGGGGAGCCGGUGGUGUACACGCUGAUCACCUGCUUUGAGGAUGAGGAGAGGAUGAAGGAGCUUCUGUUGGCCGGCCAUCACAAGUACAGUGUCCCUCCGCCGGUGGUGGUCAUGCCCACCAUCACCCCUGCAAAGAACAGGAACGUCAAGAGCGCCAGCAACACACAGGAAAGUCGCCCCUCCAACAGCAUCACCACCAGCAGGGACAUAGAAGUGAAGGAAGAUCCUGAGCCAGAGGAGGAUCCGGAGGAUCAGGAAGAGGAGGCCCAGGUGGUGCCUGUGGAGAAUGAGAGCUACGUCAACCUGAGGAAGAAGAUGGUGAGGAAGUACGAGACGAAAACAGAGGGGCUGCUGCAGGAGAACUCCAAGCUCAGCAGGGAGUUCCGCAGAAAACAGUCUUCUAGGCGAUUUCUCUCGAUGCUUCAACAAAGGCAGAAACUCCCUGCUUGGCAGGAAAGAGAGAACAUUCUGGAGCUUCUGCAGGAUAAUCAAGUUCUGGUUGUUAGCGGCAUGACUGGGUGUGGCAAAACUACGCAGAUUCCCCAGUUCAUCCUGGACGCCUCUCUUAGUGGCCCACCGAACCAGGUGGCCAACAUCAUCUGCACCCAGCCACGCCGCAUCUCCGCCAUCUCCGUAGCCGAGAGAGUGGCCCAGGAGCGCUCUGAGAGGCUGGGCAACUCCGUCGGCUACCAGAUCCGCCUGGAGACCGUCAGGUCCUCGGCCACCAGGCUGCUGUACUGCACCACGGGGGUGCUCCUGCGGAGGCUGGAAGGAGAGGCCGACCUGGCAGGCAUCACCCACGUCAUUGUGGACGAGGUGCACGAACGCACCGAAGAGAGCGACUUCCUGCUCCUGGUCUUAAAGGACCUGAUGAUUCAGAGGCCAGACCUCAAGAUCGUUCUGAUGAGCGCCACCCUCAACGCUGAGCUCUUCUCCCAGUACUUCUACAACUGCCAGACCAUCCACAUCCCAGGGCGCACGUUUCCUGUUGACCAGUUUUUCCUCGAAGACGCCAUUGCCAUGACCAGGUAUGUGAUUGAGGACGGCAGCCCGUACAUGCGUUCAGGGAAACAGGGCGCCCCGCCUAACAAGGGGAGCACCAGCAGAAUGGCGGUGGACCAGCUGGAGGAGGACGUGUGGUCCUUCAUGUCCUUCCAUAAGAAGGACUUUGUCAAGGACUCCAUACCUGACCAGCAACUCACUCUGCAGGAGCUCACUGUCAGAUACAAAGACACGAAGAAGUCUGUUCUGAAGACCAUUUCUGCCAUGGACCUGGAUAAAAUUAAUAUGGAUCUGGUGGAGAGUCUGCUGGAGUGGAUUGUGGAUGGAGACCAUAAGUACCCACCAGGUGCUGUCCUUGUGUUUAUGCCAGGGCUGGCUGAGAUCAAAAUGCUGUAUGAACAGCUGCAGUCCAACAGAAUGUUCAACAACAGGAAUAAAAAAAGGUGUGUGGUGUACCCACUCCACUCCUCGCUGUCCAAUGAGGAGCAGCAGGCUGUGUUCAACCGCCCGCCUGAAGGAGUCACCAAAAUCAUCAUCUCCACCAACAUAGCCGAGACCUCCGUCACCAUCGACGACGUGGUCUACGUGGUGGACUCGGGCAAAAUGAAAGAGAAAAGGUACGACGCCAGUAAGAGUAUGGAGAGUCUGGAGGACUCGUGGGUGUCCCGGGCCAACGCGCUGCAGAGGAAGGGGCGUGCCGGACGGGUCGCUUCGGGGGUCUGCUUCCACCUCUUCACCAGCCACUGCUUCAAACACCAGCUGGCCGAGCAGCAGCUACCCGAGAUCCAGAGAGUCCCGCUGGAGCAGCUGUGUCUCAGGAUAAAAGUCUUGGAUGUGUUUGCGGAGCAUACCCUGGAGUCAGUGUUCUCCCGGCUGAUCGAGCCGCCUGCGCUGGGCAGCCUGGAAGCGGCCAAGCAGCGGCUGCAGGACCUGGGCGCCCUGACGCCGGAUGAGAAGCUCACUCCCCUGGGCUACCACCUGGCCUGCCUGCCCGUGGACGUGCGCAUCGGCAAGCUCAUGCUGUUCGGGGCCAUCUUCCGCUGCCUGGACCCCGCCCUCACCAUCGCCGCCAGCCUUGCGUUCAAAUCCCCUUUCGUCUCUCCGUGGGACAAGCGUGAGGAGGCCAACGUCAAGAAGCUGAGCUUCGCUCUUGCCAACAGCGACCAUCUGGCUCUGCUGCAGGCGUACAAGGGCUGGUGUGCAGCUGCCAAGAACGGCAAUCAGGCCGGGUUCCAGUACUGUAGGGAGAACUUCCUGUCGGGGAGAGGUCUGCAGGAGAUUGCCAGUCUGAAGAGACAGUUUGCCGAGCUGCUAUCAGAUAUUGGCUUUGUGAAGGAGGGGCUAAAGGCCAGGGUCAUUGAACGAAUGUGCUCCAAAGGAACAGACGGCAUCCUGGAAGCUACUGGCUAUGAGGCUAAUAUGAACUCAGACAACAUCAGGCUGAUGUCUGCCAUGCUCUGUGCUGCCCUCUAUCCCAAUGUAGUUCAGGUGAGAGCCCCCCAGGGCAAGUACAAGCUCACCAGCAAGGGAGCAGUGAAGAUGCAGCCCAAGGCUGAGGAACUGCGCUUCAUGACCAAGAGUGACGGCUGUGUCCAUGUCCACCCCUCCUCCGUCAACUACACGGUGAGGCACUAUGACAGCCCUUACCUGGUGUACCACGAGAAGGUGAAGACGAGCCGCGUCUUCAUCCGGGACUGCAGCAUGGUGUCAGUGUACCCGCUGGUGCUGUUCGGAGGGGGUCAGGUCAACGUGGAGCUGCACAGGGGCGAGUUCGUCAUCUCCCUGGACGACGGCUGGAUCCGCUUUGCCGCUGCGUCACACCAGGUGGCUGAGUUGGUGAAGGAGCUGCGCUGGGAGCUGGACCAGCUUCUAGAAGACAAGAUCAAAAACCCCAGCAUGGACCUGUGCAGCUGCCCCCGUGGAUCCCGAAUCAUUGACAUGAUCGUCAAGCUCAUUUCCACUCAGUAGCGCAACAGCACGGUUCCCCACAGCCCAAACCACCUUGGCAUGCAGCCUCCUGUUGCCACACCUGUUCCACUGCUUCUCAGGGGAACUCUUCAUCCCUGUCACAAGAACUGCAUUGCGCUGACUACAUGCAUUGCCCUUCACACGCGAAACCACAGUGGUCUCGGGGGCACGCUGUUUGGACUUGCUUAGAGGUGCGUUGGAUAGAGCCGUUAAUUGAAUAAUUAUCUGGAUUUGGCAUUAUCUGGAUUUUGUUAUAGAUACAGGAUUUUGAAAGAGUGUUCUAACAGAAGAAUACAAGCAAAAGUCUGUCUGAGUUAUUUGUAUUUAUUUGAGCCCCUUAAUACAUCCAGGAAUUAAUUUUAUCAGUAAUAGUCAGUUCCCAAGUUGCUCAGUUAGUUAAGCGCUUGCUGUGAACGGCAUGGCACAGGUUCAGAACUGUCUGUGUCAUCUACCGACAGUGACUGUAAGCCCACAGUAGAAAAACAAAUCGUCUUCACUUUUCCAGGCGCAAAUUAGCAUUGUUCUGCUUGGAACAGGCAUGGGUAGGUCAGCCUGGGUCCCCUCGUCACACCGUGUGAAUGUUGGAUGAUUGCACUUGCUGCACCCUCUGCUUCUGCGCAUAGACAUGACUAAUGUAUAACUAGCCAUUCCAGCCAUUCCAUAGUUCCUCAAGGAAGAAAAUUUAAGGAAAAUUAUAAAAAAGAAAGUAGUGGGGUCUCAGUGGGGCCCAGAACAAUCAAUUGAUCACUUAAUAUCUUGGCACAAGAUAUGUAGAAUAAAGAGUCUUCUCUUGUUAUUAGCACAAAGACACCCCUGACAGCAUACUUAUUUCAUCAAUAAUCCGUUGUAGGUUCAGUGUAGAGAUGUAAAACAACAAAGAUCAGUAUUUAAUUAGCAGCUCAGUCAGUCCCAGUUCACUGAGAGCUCAGCUGGAAUGAAAGCGUACACAGUGUGCCGACAGAAACAGGAUUACAAAACACUGACACCAACUCUGGCUUGGCAGCUGUAAUCCUUUUCUAGUCUGUUUUCCUCCCAUCUUUUUUUUAAACCAACUACUGUAACU